UAGCGCUCGACGCGACGGUAAAUAAGCACUUGACGAGGAAAAGGAUUUUAUGUCAGUUUUCCUCGUAUUACGAUACCGGGGUUUACUUUGUCAUUAUACUUUACCGUAAAAUUCCUGAUACUAUGAUCGGAAAAAUGAUAAUAUUUGUAACGAAAUUACCACAGGUGAGGGGAGGAAAAAUUUCGAGGAUAAACCUGUACAGAAAAGUAGCUGCGUCAUAAGAAGAAACGAUUUGGCUGAAAUAGUGACCGGGUCAGGGACUUGGUUUUGUGCGAUAGUUUGCUCACUUGAAACGUCGUCGCAUAAUCUUUCCUGCAGAGAAAGAGAGACCGAGAGAAGGUAGAUAGCGGAUGAUUUUCACGCUGAAUGACUCGACGUUUCUCCUUAAGUGGAAUGACAAGUUUGCCUAACCGAAUUCUACCGAAUUCGCAACGUCUUUUCGUUGGAUAAAAUUCACCCGUUUGGCUAACAGGUUUCAACUGUUCCUGUCGUACCACGUUGAUCGAUAGCCACGUGUCCAUCGUAGACAGAUAUACUAUACAUACGCCGUAGAUACAUAUACUUAUAAAAUCAUGAUGCAAACAGCAACGUCUCGUCCCUUUGGUUUCAUCAGCCUUGCAACUUGAACAGAUUCGCUGAUAAACCAGGUGGAAAUCUACUUGGGAAUCACCGGUCUGUUGAGGGGAAUUAUGGAAAGUCGAUAUUUCGCAUCUGCUUUGGAUUUCCUCCUCUCGCUCUGUUGUCCUUUACCGUACCAAUUAUAUCCCGCGCCACAAAGGACUACGCGCGUGCUAAAAUUAAAUUGACCACACGUAACGGAUUUUAAUUUCGAUGAACGAAGAAAGUUGAUUUGUUACGUAAUCGAUGAUAAAGCAUAACGAUGCUGGAGGUAAAAUGAAUCUGCCAUUUCUACUAAACGAUCAGCGAUUGCUCCUUGAAUAAUCCUGCAUAGGUGUUGGAGGGAUCGAAGAGCGCGUGCACGGACGCUUGGGAAUCCCAGAGUCCUUAGGCAAGAACUUUGAAACUGCAGCCUCGAAAGUAUGCGUGUAAAGGUGGACUUCUAGAAUAGAAAGUGGUCGAUUAGAAAAAGUAUGCACACUCGAUUCUCUUUGUUUCUUUAUCGAGGAUAUCAAAACAUGAGACAGAAAGGAUACCAGAUGAUCGCGAGGAGGAUACUUGGUUCGUCAUUUUCUACCAGCUACGUUAAAGCCAUUGUCUCGCGUGAUUUUGAAGUGGUUCGUACAAUUUUGAACAACACCGAGCUGACGAAAAAUCAUAUGACGCCGGAGAUCAAGCUGUUUUUGUUAACGCCCAACUGCCCUCUUUAUCACGAGCCGUUUCAAAACGUUCUGCAAGGCAGCAAUAUGAAAAGGAACGUGUUCGUUGAGCCCUUCUGGUCGAUUUAUUGGCCAGGAGGACAGGGGCUCACCAGAUUCGUCCUCGACGAAGGGAACGCGCUGUUCUCAUCCUCGAGGAACGUUUUGGACCUUGGGGCUGGAUGCGGGGCAACUGCUAUAGCCGCGAAACUUCGGGGCGCCAGCAAGGUUGUUGCCAACGAUAUCGAUAAAGUCGCCUGCACGGCAAUUAUGAUGAAUGCGCUGGUAAACAACGCCGAGCUCGAGGUGUCUCAAGAAAAUUUAUUGCAUCGUCCACCAGAUAAAUUGAUAGAUUUCAUUUUCAUCGGUGACAUGCUGUACGACGAGGAAAUUACCAGCGUUUUAAUCCCCUGGCUGGAAGAAGCGAGUAAAAAUGGCACACGCAUCUUCCUAGGAGACCCAGGGAGACACGGUUUCACCGAGGAUUUGAGGAAACGAUUGACGUCGUUCAACUGUUACUCGUUGCCGAAAAAUGUACGACAAGAAAAUUAUGGUUAUGAUAAAUGUUACGUUUGGGAAUUCUCUAAGUAACGAACAAACUCGAUAAACUGCAUCGCGUGAUCAAACAAUAGGUAUUAGCGAGAUAUGUCAUAUGGUAGCGCGUGGCUUGUUCGUAAACAAGCUGAUGGCAAUCCGAUUUAUGACAGCCAGACGCCAAAUAUGUAUUGCGAAACAUCGGCACGGUAACAAAUUGUAUGCUCGUCCUGAUAUAGAUUCUUUGUUUGUUUAGCGACUCGCGUGUCGUAUCUCUAUGCAAAACGCUCAAUUUUUACUAUCUAAAUAAUAUAUUUAAGAAACA